ACAAAUGAAAAGCGACAUUAGCUCAUAACAUCAAAACUGGACUGAAUCUUGAUAAUAAACCAUGUUUUUUAUACGGUGGUUGUAUAUAACAAUCAGUAUUCAAGUACAGAUAAAGAUUGCCAGAAGUGAACAAAAUGUCGGAUAUUACUGUUUAGCUGAUAUCCAAUCUGACGACCUCCUUCAUAUUGAUUUCCAACUUGAUCGAGGAGGAGAACCUAUAAAUUACGUGUAUGCCCAGAAUGCAACAGACAACACAUUACUUCCGGAUUGCAGUCCUGAAUAUGAUUUUUCCAGUAAUGUUUACCACAUGCGCAUGACGGUUAAUACGACAUCGCAUGAGCAAAUCAGUCCGUCAUCGCCAUGCGGAAUCUUGUUUAUUGACGAUAUGUAUGCUGUUAAAAUAAAAGCUUUUGCAAGUGAAGGUUUGACAUCCGACAGUGACAGAUUGUUUACUAUCAGAUGUGAAUCCAGUAUAAAAAGCAGUACCAUUGGGACCGUCAAAGUCGGAAAUAUAGAGAAAAUAUCUUUAACUGGAAGCUCUCUCGUAACAAAACUGACAUUGGUGUCUCCUGAUUUGACAGAUAUAGUUGGUCUUGUUAAUAUUGGUGAUAAGGUCAAACUAAAGUUUGCCUUAACUUUUACCGGGGCAAAGGCAGAAAACGUGGAUAUCAUAGGAGCUCGUUUAUUGGGGUUGAUAGUUUCUCCGACGAAUAAUUUUCAACUGAAUAGAACAAUGAUGGAUUCAGAUGGCUGCCCUGUGAAUCAUUCACAAAACGUAUUAGAAGUGUCUGGGCCAUUUACAACCGAUUCAGAUGGAACAUCACCAUUUAUAGCGUAUUCUCCAUUGUUUGAAAUCGCCAGUUUUGUUGUGGAUACUGUUGGAUUUUUAUAUUUCCGUGUGGACAUAGAAUACUGCUUCACUUUAGAUUGUUUUAAGAACAUAUGUAGUAACAGAAAGAAACGAGCUGUAGAUGACAAGAAUGCUGAGCAAAUAUUUACUCAGUUACAAUUAACAGUCAAUAAUCCAUAUUCAGACAAUUCACUGCAUGAUUCACAAAGCAGUCCUUGUUACAACAGUACGACGUUUGUGGUAAUUGUAUGUACAUUGUCAGGACUAAUUCUUUUGGAAGUCCUGGUUCUAUUGUUUGAAGCGAAGAAAUUACAAAUUGUAAAAACAAAGGUCUCACCAAGUCAGAGCACUUCGUUUGAGAAAGUACCAUUGUGUGAAUCGGAAUAUAGAAAUCCAGUUAAUGGUUAUCAUCCAGCACAACAACAUAACUUAGGACAUGUCGUUAUGUGAAUAUUCAUUUGGUCAACUUGCAACUUAUCAACGAGUGAUAAUGGAAUUGAUAAAUCUUAAAUUAUCAUUCAUAUGCUUUUUUAUCAUUUAAAUUAAUAGGGUCUUUUAUUCUUUUUAAAUAUUGAAAAUGCUAUAGUUUGCUACAGCAUAUUAUAUAAAUAUAUAGUACGUU